AUGCUCAGCCAAUACGAACCACUGGAAACGCUUGCGCCGGCCCUCUUUGGGUGCGUGCAAAAAUGGCGUCAUUUGCCUACAGGCGAGUGUGUGGCUGUCAAACGCAUGGAGUUGCGCUUCGCUGCGCGUCAGCGUUCCAAGAGCUCGGAGCGCGCAGUGGAGGAGGACCUUUUGACGGAAAUUAAGACGAAUCUUCGCGUGCAAUUGCUAGGCGGCCACCCAAAUGUGUUGCCAUUACGUGACUGUAUCAUGGAGGAUGAAGCCGUCUUGCUUGUACUUAAGUUUUGCCAACAAGGCGAGCUGCUCGAUGUGCUCAACACGAAACGAGCGGCUGGCCAACCAAUUAAUGUACUGCACUAUUUUGUGCAGAUGCUGCGAGGUGCAGCGUUUCUCCAUGCAAAUGACAUUGCACAUCGUGACUUGUCAUUGGAAAACGUGUUAGUGGACGAGAGGGACUGUUGCUACAUUACGGACUUUGGCUUGGCGACACAAUGUCAAGGCAAAAUAGCUGUAAAACCCGUCGGAAAACUUAGGUACAUGGCUCCAGAAGUUAGUGCAGCACUAACGUAUCAAGAGGGACAAUUGGGAGAGUACGAUCCAAAGAUGGCCGAUGUGUGGGCGCUAGGGGUGAUGCUGUAUGCUAUGGUGGCAGCCCGGUAUCCAUUCCGUGAACCAUUACGGAAGGAUGCUCGAUUCAGGCUCUUGGAGGAUUUUGGCGUGGAUUAUCUGCUGGAAAAGGAUGAGGUGGAUGUGCACGGAAGGAAGGUGGUGCUGGAUCUAUUGAGGAAGAUGCUGGUAGUUGACCCGGCUAAGCGUUCGCCGCUUGCAGAGCUGGAGUCGCAUCUGGCGUUGCCUAUUGUGGACAAUGGACCUGCAGCCACAGGACUUUGUGCCACGUAUAACAAGGCGGAAAAGAACAAGCAAGCUCAGGUCAUUGGCAACAAUGAACUCAAAAGUCAAUGUGCCCCUGGCGUAUUGUUACACAAGUGCUUUGCCACUGCGCUAGCGUAA